UCACUGUAAAAAAAUUCCAAUUCAAUCUUGUUAUACAGAUCUGGAUACCAUUUUUUUGGAGCUAAUACGUAGAGACAGAUCCAAGAUUUUAAUGUUAGUAGGCCGAGGGUGCGACUUAUUAUACAUUGUAUAUACAUGGUUCGAGCUGAAAAACAGUGAAUUUCAAUAAACCUGAUCAAAAGGGGUAGAUCCGAUUUUGGUGAUAAGUAUCUUUUCUUCCCUUUUAUUAUACUGUUGAUUAAAGGGACAUGUAAUUUUGUGUUUUUGUAUCUUUUGGUUCUCAAGAAUUUUGUUUUUGUAAAGAACAAUUGCGGUUGGUAAAUUGGUUAAAGAUGGAAAUUUCCAGUGGGCUGAGUCCUAGAGUGAACUCAGUUACAUCAGGUGAAGGGAAAAAAGAUGACCCAAAUCAUCAAAACUUUGAAUUGGAAUCGAUUGAUUUGGUUUCACAUACGGAUCACCAGUUUCUUACUUUAAAUGCUCUAGAGAUUUUGAGGGAAACUGUGAGAAUUCUGCGCUAUAAUUCUAUAGGUUUCAUGACAAUUGCUGCAUUGCUAAUUUGCCCUGUGUCUGCUGUUGUUUUAUCUAAUGUAUUGGUCUAUCAGCCGUUUGUUACGAGACUGAGCAUGAGGUUAUUGCUUGUAGCCAAAACAAGUGGGCUUCCACUUAAGCCUUUUAUCAAGCAGUCUUGUCAUAAAUUCUCUGAAGUGGUGAUUUCAGCUGUAAUGUGCUUCCCUCUGUAUGUAACUUUAUCGUUGUUGUCAAAAGCUGCGAUAGUUUAUUCAGUUGAUUGCACUUACUCGAGGAAAAAGUUUGAUUCGCAAAAGUUUUAUGUGAUUAUGACCAAGAUUUGGAAGCGGGUUGUUGUGACUUACCUGUGGGUGUGUGUGGUGAUUGCUGGAUGCCUCACAUUGUUUAUUGUACUUCUUGUUUCUGUGAGCAGUGUUUUCUCGAUCAUGGGGUUCCCUCCCGAUUUGAUUUUGUAUCCCGCAAUGGUAGUAGGGAUGAUUUUCUCUAUAAUUUUAGCAAAUGCUAUUAUUAUAUGCAACAUUGCGAUUGUGAUAUCUGUUUUAGAGGAUGACUCCGGACCACAAGCAUUGCUUAUGUCCAGUUCACUCAUCAAGGGGCAGACACAAGUUGGACUUCUCAUAUUUCUUGGAUCAACUAUUGGGAUGGCAAUUGUGCAGGGUUUGUUUGAGCAUAGAGUGAAGACAAUAAGCUAUGGAGAUGGAUCUUCAAGAUUAUGGGAAGGGCCCCUUUUGGUAAUAUUGUACUCAUUUGUGAUACUUAUUGACUCCAUGAUGAGUACUGUUUUCUACUUCAGUUGUAAAUCGUAUAGAAUGGAAACCUCAAGUGAAGAAACUCAACCUGUGCUAGAAGCCUUGACUAUUUCUUCAGCAUUUGCAGAAGUCCAAUCACAUGUUUGAAAUUCGAAUUUAAGGCUCUUGAAGCUACUGGAAGUUGUUUUGACAAGGAUUCAAUUUAUGCAUCUCUUGGGAAGAAAAAGAAUGAGUUGGAUCCUUGAGAAAGUUAUCAGAUGCUGAAGGCGGAUAAGUUAUGUGGUUUAGCCUAGUUGACCACUUCAUCAUAAAUAGCUUCUUUGCAGAUCUGUUGUCUGCCAACAUAUCAUAUUACCAGAAGAAAAUCAUUUGAAAGAUGGUAAUUUAGGAUUCUUGCACAGUAAUAAGCUGUUGAAAACCUCAGCUUGAGAUUUUAAAAAUUUAAACAAUGUACUUUUUGUCAUUCACAAUUUAUAAAUAUAUCUUUGAGUUUUCUUUCAUGGUC